GCGGCGCCAGAGCGCGAUCGUGGCGCGGCGGCGAGAGGAGCCCCGCGUGGCGCCGAGCUCGGGACUGCCCGGCGGGGCCGCCCGCACCGCCCCCCGCCAUGGCCGCCGCUGCUGCUGCCGCUGCCGCCCGCCCGGGGGCCCCCCCGCCGCCGCCGCCGCUGCUCCCCCUCCUGCUGCUGCUCCUGCUGCUCCCCGCCGGCCGCCGAGCCCUCGAGGAGACCCUGAUGGACACGAAGUGGGUGACCUCGGAGUUGGCGUGGACAACCCAUCCGGAGACGGGGUGGGAAGAGGUGAGCGGCUACGACGAGGCCAUGAACCCCAUCCGCACGUACCAGGUGUGCAACGUGCGGGAGGCCAACCAGAACAACUGGCUGCGCACCAAGUUCAUCCAGCGCCAGGACGUCCAGCGCGUCUACGUGGAGCUCAAGUUCACCGUGCGGGACUGCAACAGCAUCCCCAACAUCCCCGGCUCCUGCAAAGAGACCUUCAACCUCUUCUAUUACGAGUCGGAUACGGAUUCUGCCUCGGCGAGCAGCCCUUUCUGGAUGGAGAACCCCUAUAUCAAAGUGGAUACAAUUGCCCCGGACGAGAGCUUCUCCAAGCUGGAGUCGGGCCGCGUGAACACCAAGGUGCGCAGCUUUGGGCCCCUCUCCAAGAACGGCUUUUACCUGGCCUUCCAGGACCUGGGGGCCUGCAUGUCCCUCAUCUCCGUGCGGGCUUUCUACAAGAAAUGCUCCAACACCAUCGCUGGCUUUGCCAUCUUCCCGGAGACGUUAACGGGGGCUGAGCCCACGUCUCUGGUCAUCGCUCCGGGCACCUGCAUCCCCAACGCAGUGGAGGUGUCCGUCCCUCUCAAGCUGUACUGCAACGGCGACGGCGAGUGGAUGGUGCCCGUGGGAGCCUGCACAUGUGCCGCUGGGUACGAGCCGACCAUGAAGGACACCCAGUGCCAAGCCUGCGGCCCGGGAACCUUCAAAUCCAAGCAGGGCGAGGGGCCCUGCUCCCCCUGCCCGCCCAACAGCCGCACGACCUCGGGAGCAGCGACGGUCUGCACGUGCCGCACCGGCUUCUUCCGCGCCGACACAGACCCCGCCGACAGCGCCUGCACCAGCGUGCCGUCGGCUCCUCGCAGCGUCAUCUCCAACGUGAACGAGACGUCGCUGGUGCUGGAGUGGAGCGAGCCGCAGGACGCGGGCGGGCGGGACGACCUGCUCUACAACGUCAUCUGCAAGAAGUGCAGCGUGGAGCGGCGCCUCUGCACGCGCUGCGACGACAACGUGGAGUUCGUGCCGCGCCAGCUGGGCCUCACCGAGCGCCGCAUCUACAUCAGCAACCUGAUGGCCCACACCCAGUACACCUUCGAGGUCCAGGCGGUGAACGGCAUCUCCAGCAAGAGCCCCUUCCCUCCGCACUUCGCCUCCGUCAACAUCACCACCAACCAGGCAGCCCCAUCUGCCGUGCCCACCAUGCACCUGCACAGCAGCACGGGGAACAGCAUGACGCUGUCGUGGACUCCCCCGGAGAGACCCAACGGCAUCAUUCUCGACUAUGAGAUCAAGUACUCCGAGAAGCAAGGCCAGAGCGAUGGCAUUGCCAACACCGUCACCAGCCAGAAGAACUCGGUGCGGCUGGACGGGCUGAAGGCCAACGCCCGCUACAUGGUGCAGGUGCGGGCACGCACGGUGGCUGGGUACGGCCGCUACAGCCUCCCCACCGAGUUCCAGACGACUGCAGAGGACGGCUCCACCGGGAAGACUUUCCAGGAGCUGCCUCUGAUCGUGGGCUCGGCCACUGCGGGGCUGCUCUUCGUCAUCGUCGUGGUCGUCAUCGCUAUCGUCUGCUUCAGGAAAGGGAUGGUUACUGAACACCUCCUCUCGUCUCCUUUGGGCAGGAAGCAGCGCAACAGCACAGAUCCCGAGUACACGGAGAAGCUGCAGCAGUACGUCACCCCGGGGAUGAAGGUCUACAUUGACCCUUUCACUUACGAGGACCCCAACGAAGCAGUCCGGGAGUUUGCCAAAGAGAUCGACAUCUCCUGCGUCAAAAUCGAGGAGGUCAUCGGAGCAGGGGAGUUCGGCGAGGUGUGCCGCGGGCGCCUGAAGCUGCCCGGCCGCCGCGAGAUCUUCGUGGCCAUCAAGACGCUGAAGGUGGGCUACACGGAGCGGCAGCGGCGCGAUUUCCUCAGCGAGGCCAGCAUCAUGGGGCAGUUCGACCACCCCAACAUCAUCCACCUGGAGGGCGUGGUGACCAAGAGCCGCCCCGUCAUGAUCAUCACCGAGUUCAUGGAGAACUGCGCGCUCGACUCCUUCCUCCGGCUGAAUGACGGGCAGUUCACGGUCAUCCAGCUGGUGGGGAUGCUGCGAGGCAUCGCUGCGGGCAUGAAGUACCUGUCGGAGAUGAACUACGUGCACCGCGACCUGGCUGCCCGCAACAUCCUGGUCAACAGCAACUUGGUCUGCAAAGUGUCCGAUUUCGGGCUCUCCCGCUUCCUGGAGGACGACCCGGCCGACCCCACCUACACCAGCUCCCUGGGGGGCAAGAUCCCGAUCAGAUGGACGGCUCCUGAGGCCAUCGCCUACCGCAAGUUCACCUCGGCCAGCGACGUGUGGAGCUACGGCAUCGUCAUGUGGGAAGUGAUGUCCUACGGGGAGCGACCCUACUGGGACAUGUCCAACCAGGACGUGAUCAACGCGGUGGAGCAGGAUUACCGCCUGCCCCCCCCCAUGGACUGCCCCACGGCGCUGCACCAGCUGAUGCUGGACUGCUGGGUGCGGGACCGCAACCUGCGGCCCAAAUUUGCACAGAUCGUCAACACGCUGGACAAGCUGAUCCGCAACGCUGCCAGCCUCAAGGUCAUCGCCAGCGUCCAGUCUGGGUCAGUGGGGUCCCAGAUCCCGGGGAACACAGCGUCUCCCAGCCGCUCCUGGACCGCACUGUGCCGGAUUACACCACCUUCACCACCGUGGGAGACUGGCUGGACGCCAUCAAAAUGGGACGGUACAAGGAGAACUUCGUCAAUGCCGGCUUUGCCUCCUUCGACCUGGUGGCACAGAUGACGGCGGAAGACCUGCUGAGGAUAGGGGUGACGCUAGCAGGGCACCAGAAGAAGAUCCUGAGCAGCAUUCAGGACAUGAGGCUGCAGAUGAACCAGACGCUCCCGGUUCAGGUUUGACCGCAGGGGACUCUGCAUUGGAACGGACCGAGGGAACCUGCCAACCAGGUUCAGUUUGCGGUGCAGCCCGGCUUCCCGAUUCCCCCUUCCCGCGGCGCUCCUCUGCCUCGGACGCUCGCCUGGGACAGGCCGGGCCGGGCCGCCCUGCCCCGGAUCGGAGGCACCCGUGCCGAGAGGGAGCCCGGCUUUUCGUCCCGUGUCCUGGAGCGGCGAGGCAGCGACGCAGUCUUCAUAUUGAAGAUGGAUUUAUGGGACGGAGAUGGCACAUCCCGCUUCCCGCCCUGUCUCGGUGCUCAUCGGUUUGAAGAGUUGUUCUGCUUCUUGGAUUUCUUUUCACCCUGUUCUCCCCGCCCCGAGUCCUCACCGUCCCCCCGUCCCCGAGGCCACAGACUGUUGACCCCGUCCGCUGAGUCCGUCAGACGCGUCCGAAGCCUUCCCCGACCCCGGACCCCGCAUGGAGGCAGCCGGGGGGAGGCCGAGCCCCCCGCGGCGUGGAGACGACGCCAGGGACGGGGCUGCCCGGCCCCAGACAAUCACUUCUCUCCUCCCCCCCCCUCGCGGCCCCUCCGCACGAGGGUCUGCACUGGAACGUGUCCGAAGGGAAGGCUUCGCUCCCUUUCUUCUUGGCUUUGCACGCCAGAACCCGAACCCCGUGAGAUUUUACUAUGCAGGGAGUUAGGCAAAAAAAAAAAAAAAAAAAAAAAAAAUUAAAAAAAAAAUAGAGAGAUAUAUUAAAAAAAAAAAAAAAAAAAAAAGAGGGAGCAGAAAAGGGGAGGGAGGGGGACCAGGUGCCCAGCUCCGCAUCUCUUACCCUCUUGGUUCUCGUGGCCGGCUCUGGACUGCAGAGUGAGGCCGUCAGCACGUUUGCACAGGGACCCUCGGCCCCACGGCAGCCGCGCUCCUGCGAGAGGGGGGCCGGGGAGCGGGGCCCGGGGGGGCUGCAGCCGCGCAGGGGGGGGGCCUGGCCUCCCCCAGCCUCCUGUUUUAUGCAGAAGGAGCGGGUGCCGCCGGCGCGGCCGCCCCCCCCCGCUCCUGCCACACGCUGUGAUUGCUGCCAAAAGACUCACUCACCUUCCUCUGACUCUUCACUGCAGCCCGGUUCCUCCAAGCUGAGGGAGAGAACUCCCAGCGUGCGUGAGUGUGCGUGAGUUGUGUGCGUGCGUGCGUGUGUGCUGGCCGGCAGGACUGUGUGAGGCAAUGGGCAGAAUAAAGGCAAUAAGAAUUUUAA